CUUACACUAUCCAGUUUGAUUUAAAAACAAAAUUAGGAACUCUUGCUUGCAAAAGAAUGAAAAAACAAGUCUAUAUUCCAUCUCAUCGAUAAAAGUUUUUAAUUGUAUGUCAAAUUUCUUGGUAGACGUAAUUUUUUUCAAAUUUAAAUUUUCGCUGUAUAAAUUUUCUGAAACAAAUUCAAAUUUCAUAACUAAUGCACUACACAUUCGAUUAGCAAGAUGAUGAAAAGCGUGGGAUAUGAAAGAUUUCUUAAAGAACGUUACACUAAAGAAGACGAAUUAUUCCAAGUAUAUGAUACUUAUACACCAAACUACAACAAGCAAAUUAUAACGAAUAAAUUCUACUCCAAAUAUGAAGUAAUUGAUUUGUCUCGAGCUAAUCCAGAUAUUGUAUCGAAUAUUUAUAAAGCUAAGGAGAGUAAACCCAAGGAUAGAAAACCUUAUCCAGAAACUGUUAAUCAAAGUUAUGGAUGGUUUUCAGAACCCCUUGUCCCCUUCGAUAGAAAAGAUUCUAGAUUUUAUUUCCCUUGUAGGCAAGCUCCAUUCAUAACGCAAGAAAUUAGAAUCAAGAAUGAUGUUUGUAGUAAGAGAGUUGUCGGGUCCACUUCGUUGAAGCUUUAAAAAUUUUUUAUAUUAUUUCAAGAGGAAUAUCGUCAUUUC